CGAGGACAGGUCCUUCUGCCGCUGCUCGCCUCUGCCCGGCCGGGAAAAAGAGCGGGCGGCCUCCCGGGGCGCAACAGCUGCUGAUCCGGCGGGGCGCGGCGAGGUCCGCGACCGAGGCGGCGCUCGGCGCGCGGGUUCUUCCGCAGCAGCGCAGGGCACCAUGGAGGGGAGCAGCCUUGGCAAGCAACAAGGCCAUGCCGUUCUGGAGGUCCCGGGCCGUUCUGGAGGUCCCGGGCCAUCGGGGGUCCAGCCCGGCAGCCCCUUGGAGGGGGAGGACCCUGAACUCCGGCUGAUCCUGGUCGGGAAGACUGGAGGCGGGAAGAGCGCCACGGGCAACACCAUCCUCGGCCGCAGCGAAUUCAAGUCCAUCUUGGGGGCAAAGACGACAACCCUGAGGUGCCAAAGAGGGCAGGGAAGCUGGCGUGGCAUGAAGGUUUCCAUGGUCGACACGCCAGCCAUUUUUGAUUCUGGAGACUUCAAUGAGAUGGUGCGACGUGAGAUCAUGGCUUGCAUUGAGCUCUCCCGGCCUGGCCCCCACGCCCUGAUUUUCAUGACCCAGGUGGGGCGCUUCACCGCGGAAGACGUGGCAGCCGCAAAGCACGUCCAGGAUAUCUUCGGGGCAGAGUCUGCCCGGCACACGAUCAUCCUCUUCACCUGCAAGGAGGACCUAGGAGGGGACCCCCUGCAGAAGUACCUCCGAGAGUCCGACAACGCGGCUCUGCGGGCCCUGAUCCGGCAGUGUGGGCAGCGCAUCUGUGGGUUUAACAACAAGGCCGGGGGGGCCGAGCGGGAGGGGCAGGUCUCUGAGCUGAUGGGGAUGGUGCAGGGGAUCGUUUCGGGGAAUGGGAGCUCCUACAUCAAUGAGCUGUACUUGGAUCCCAACUUGCUAGAUGCCAAAGUCAGAUCUUUCCUGGCCGAGAACAAAAGAAUCAGGAAUCGGGCAGCACCAAGACUUUGGAGUUCCAUAGGCUAUUUGGUAUGUUUUGGGUUGCUUUGCUUUUGGGAGACAGUGUUUAUCAUCUUUGUUACCCUUUCUUCAUGAGUUCUUCCAAACUUUUCAGAGGUAGGGGACGAUUCUGUAUGCAUAUGUAAUGGUCUGUGGGAAUGACCUGGGGAGACAGGUGGAAAAGCUACAGAACAGACAAUGGUCAGAUGAGGGGCAGCUGAGCCUGCAGCAGGAAUGGGGGUAUGGCGAACUUCUCUGAAGGGAUCCUCCCUUGUUUCUUGGACUUGAAAGGUGGGUGGGGGGAGAGAUGUUUCAGACUUGCAAGAUUCUGUUAACGGAACCUCACAAUAAAGAUAGA